UCAUUGAACUGUCAAAAUCGCAAUAGCAGAUAGCUUUUAUACGUUUAAAAAGAUAAAUAUGCUGUGAUUUGGUGAUUCAGACGUUCGUGGCGAGUUUAAUUACUUUACCAGUCAAUUUCGUAUUCAUAGUUUUAAUUACUGCGUGUUCUAAUUAGUGAAAGUUAUAUAUUUACCCGAAGUAUUUACCACACCCAUAGGUUUGGUGUUUUUAAACUCUUAUCUGAAAAAGGAUUCGUAAUUCCAAUAUGCCGGCGUAUCAUUCGACGUUAGUUGAUUACACGCAAUCAGUUGGAAACUUGGCUCUGUUGCCAUUACGCACUACUUACAGGGGCCCAGCGCCCACCAAUCCUAAACAAGAAUUGGAUGUUAUCGACGAAGCACUUAACUAUUUUAAGGCCAAUGUAUUCUUUAGAUUUUAUGAGAUCAAGUCUGAUGCUGACAGAGUUCUUAUUUACUUAACUCUGUACAUAUCGGAAUGUUUGAAAAAAUUGCAAAAGUGCUCUAAUAAGAACCAAGGCCAGCAGGAGAUGUAUAUGCUUGCCAUAUCAAAAUUCGACAUUCCUGGAGAGUAUGGAUUCCCUCUUAAUUCAGUGUAUGCUAAACCUGCUAGUACUCAAGAAGCAGAUUUGAUGAGACAAUAUUUGCAGCAAUUGAGACAUGAAACUGGUAACAGAGUGUGUGAGAAGGUGUUUGCAACCGAAGAUGGUAAACCAAGCAAAUGGUGGCUCUGUUUUGCUAAAAGGAAAUUUAUGGACAAAUCCCUGUCAGGGCCAGGCCAAUAGAAAUAGUUAAUUAAUUAUGUAUUCUCUUUAUUCAUAUUUUUUUUAUUGACAUUAUUUGUAUCAUGCAUUUUUCUAUUCAGUCACAUUUUAAUC